AAUAUGGCAACGUUGCUGAGAACCGCGCCAUUUUGCCACGGGCCACACGUUUCUUGCUGCUACUGACUGUCUGUGUUGCUUUUAAGGAGAGAAGUAAAAGAACUAUUGUUAAAACCAUGUCAAACGAGGAAACUUCAGCCGAUCGCAAUGUGGAAAUAUGGAAGAUCAAGAAGCUCAUCAAGAGCUUGGAACUGGCCAGAGGAAAUGGCACAAGUAUGAUUUCCUUAAUUAUUCCGCCCAAGGAUCAAAUCUCUCGAGUCAGCAAAAUGUUGGCUGAUGAAUUUGGUACUGCUUCUAAUAUUAAAUCUAGAGUAAAUAGGCUCUCUGUACUUGGAGCAAUCACGUCUGUGCAGCACCGUCUGAAACUGUACACCAAAGUGCCGCCGAACGGUUUGGUCAUCUACUGUGGUACGAUCGUAACCGAUGAAGGCAAAGAAAAGAAGGUCAACAUUGAUUUCGAACCGUUCAAACCGAUAAAUACCUCUCUCUACUUGUGCGACAAUAAAUUCCACACUGAGGCCCUGACCGCCCUUCUCGCCGACGACAAUAAAUUCGGAUUCAUUGUCAUGGACGGUAAUGGAGCCCUUUUUGGUACACUGCAGGGAAACACACGCGAAGUUCUGCACAAAUUCACCGUCGAUCUGCCGAAGAAGCACGGCAGAGGAGGUCAGUCUGCGCUACGUUUCGCCCGUCUUCGUAUGGAAAAGCGGCACAAUUACGUCAGGAAGGUGGCUGAAGUUGCUACCCAGCUUUUCAUCUCUAGUGAUAAACCAAAUAUUGCCGGUCUCAUUCUUGCCGGUAGUGCAGAUUUUAAGACUGAACUUAGUCAAUCUGAUAUGUUCGAUCCUAGGCUACAAGCUAAAGUAAUUAAAUUGGUGGAUGUGUCGUAUGGAGGUGAAAACGGUUUCAAUCAAGCUAUCGAAUUGGCAGCUGAGUCAUUGCAGAACGUGAAGUUCAUCCAGGAGAAGAAAUUGAUCGGCAGAUACUUCGAUGAGAUUAGCCAGGAUACCGGUAAAUACUGUUUCGGAGUUGAAGAUACAUUGAAGGGCUUGGAGCUCGGAUCGGUGGAGACACUAAUUUGCUGGGAGAAUUUGGACAUUCAACGAUACGUUUUGAAGAAUCACACGUCGAGCACUAUGAGCACGGAAACGGUAUUACAUUUGACGCCCGAACAGGAAAAGGAUAAGUCACAUUUCACUGACAAAGAGAGCGGAGUUGAAUUGGAAUUGGUGGAAUGUCAGCCGCUCCUCGAGUGGUUGGCGAACAACUACAAGAACUUUGGUGCUACUUUAGAAAUAAUUACCGACAAAUCACAGGAGGGCUCGCAGUUCGUCAGAGGUUUUGGCGGUAUCGGAGGUAUCUUAAGAUACAAAGUAGAUUUUCAGUCGCUUCAGGCUGACGAACCACUGGACGACGUCGAUCUCAAUGAUUACUAAACACUAACAUUUGUCACUAAUACAAAACAAAAAAUUAACCCAAAAAAUAUCUACUAUCAG